AUGAAGCGGUGGCAGGAUCGAGGUGUGGUGGAAGAUUCUGAAGACGACGAGAUCAGUCUGGGUGCUGCUUCCCCAAGCCCAGAACCGCCACGAAAGCGAACAAAACAUGAUCGGGACGAUGCUUUGCCGGACCAACAGGACGAUGGCUUACAGAUAUCACCAACCAAGCAGAAUGACACCCCAUACGAGACUGCAGACCACCCGUGGACUGGACCGAAGGUGGCGAUUACCUACGGUCAAAAGACGAAAACAAAGCCUCAGAAUCGUCCACGAACACCGGAGGCACCCCCACGGCGCGAGUAUGCCAGUCCUCGUGUCUUGAUCUCUGUAGAGAGCCCACAUGCGGAGCGCCCUCCUGCGACUCAAAGAUUUCUUUUCGCCGAGCCACAGUCUCCACCAGAUAGCGACUCGGAUGGUUUGCCGGACUUAGGACCGGUCUUGCGACGCCCUGAAACCCCGACACAACAUGCAUUGAGCGCUGCUUCGUCACCUCUCAGCGAACGCGAUGUGUCGCCUCCUGCUGUCUUCCUACCGUCAACAGAGCCAUCUCGUCUGGAAUGGACGGAGUCGGAAAGCACAAGGAUCGAUAAUGCUGCAACUGGACUUCUUGAGCUGGGACACAUCGAAGGUCAAGUCCCUACCUCUACUGCAGCAGCAAAGCGUAAUCUUCGUGCCCGGAAGCCGAACCAGCUCAACCCGUACCAGUAUGACAGAGCUCUGUAUGUGCAGCAGUGCAAAGCCAGAGGCGUGCAGCCGAUCCGCUUGGUCGAGCAAGAACUCCAGGAAGAGGAGAGUCAAAGUCAAUCCCACAAUAGCACAUCUCAGAGUCAAAGCACUUUUCAUGCUGCCUCUUCACCUGUCGAUACACGAGGCAUCGAUGCUCUUGGGCCCUCGGACGUACCAUCUGACUCUGUCGACAGAGAGACUCCCUCCGGCCAUCGACUUCCUAAGCGCCGAAGAUUGGAGGAUCGAGGUAGUGGAGCUGGUUUAGCUGCUUCGACAGAAGCACAGCGAGGGCAGCGCGAGGAGUUCUCUGUACCUCCGUCUCCCCCGCGUACUGGCAGCGACCUGAGCACAAGCGAAGAAGCACCCUCGGGUUUCAGAUUUCCUCCACGAAUGACACCUAUACCGCUCCCAACGCCUCAGAUUUCUUCUGACAUGACGCGGGUGGAAGCAGAUGACGACUCAACGCCUGGAUCAUCUCCGAGAAGGCCAAGAACCUCUACCCUCAAUCGCUCUCGCAUGAAGGCGCCAGUGGUAACGGUCUCUUCUGAGUCAGAGCCCGAGUCUGACCUCGAAGCCAAGCGGAUACGCCGGGAGCAGAAGCGCAUUAGAGGCGUAUUGCCAGCUUCGUGGCUCAAGAUUGACUUCAGAGCACAAAAGCCGCGCGAGGUCCCAGCGGCGAGUACAAGGCAAAGGUCACCGAGCACCUCUCCCGAGCGGCAUCAGCCUCAAAAAGGCGUUGCCCACAGAAUCUCAAGGCGAAGUGUCCCCGUCGACGGCUGCGCGUUCCCGAUCGCAUCAGGCGAAGAAAAUGACUCGGGCACUUCUGUGCGGUCGUUGGCUCGUUUGAAGCAGAGGAAGCUUGAUGCUAACUCGACACGACUCAAGCUCGGACAACAGAGCACGUUCGACGACGACGUUAUGGAGAACGACUUUGUCGACCCUAUGCUAGCAGGUCCUGCGCGCUCACGAGGUGCUAAACAGAGUCGCGGCCAUCAGCCACGAAUCACACAGGCGUUUCCUGAAGGAUUGAGGACAGACUUCUCAGAGGAGCGCUCAUCUCGCAAGCAAGCACCAAUAAGUCGACGGCACGGUAUACCGAAGAGUACAACACGACGACGUGCGUGUGCCUCGCCGCCAGCUCCCGUUCGACUCAGCAUUACAGAUGCUUUCGACGAUCCCGAGCCAGGGGAAGCACAAUUGCCCUCAUUCGUUAGGCUUGCACUUCGGCAGACCCGUCAUCGUCACGAUCGAGGACGUCAUUCUCCCACGCACAAGGUCGUUCGCCUUGCCACGGCUGACGAGACUGAAGAUGCAUCGGCUACCCUUCGUGCUUGGCGCGAAAGCGCCAUUGUCCAGCGUGUCGGCCGACAACGAACACGUUCCGCAGGCAACGGCUACAUGCCCUUUCAAGGCCAAGCUGCUCGGGUAGCGCUGGCAGAGAUCUCCGGGAACCAGCGCACUUUGGCGACUUACGACUCUCUAGACCAGGGCAUCCGUCAGCUUCGACCCAGGGAACUUGCAGGGCGGGAGGAAGUCAUCGAAGAGCUGACUUCGCCGCAGGCAUUACGCACAGUAGAUGGGGUGGAAACGGCUACAAAGGCUACGUCCAAGAGACGACUGCGCUCAGGCAUGCGUCCUUUACGCCUGCGUGACGCUCAGCUUGAGUCCCUAGAGAGAUGUUUCGAUCAGAAUCAUCGCUCUGCUGUCUUCGAACGUCGUAUGCAAUGCAUGACCGAACAAGUUGCGCGACGAGCAAGACAGCAGGGAGAAGCCAACUUCCAUCUGGAACGGUAUCUCCACACAGGUAACGCCUUGGAUGUGAUCGCCGGUGAGCGUAUGAAGGCAGCACACAAUCCAGCUGAAGAUGUUUCCAGGACGCAGGAGGUUCACCAGGCUACAUCCAUCCCUUACAGACCGAGGAAGAGGCAAGCGCGUAGACUCAACGUAGAGGCGCGCGAGUACAGACAGCCAAGUGAGCCUUUGCCCGACAUUGCCAUCACAUUGGAGGACGAGGAUGAGCCGUACGAAGCGCCAAGGCCUGUUCUUCAGGACCUGGGUCCAUUUGGUACUCGCUACUCGAACAGCUUCGACAUCAGACCAUUGCAAUCUGGGACGUUCUUCGAUCAGAACACUUUUGUUGGUUCUGGUGAGCUCUCUGAUGCUCUGGCCCUAACCCAGCACGACCUUAACCAGCAAAGAGGAUGCAUGCGGGUUCACCUUGGGGCUGAGAUACUGAGCUGGGGCGUGUGGCAAGACGAGGUCGCAGUGCAUUUUGUACGCAUCGCCACGUCAAUUGGCAACACCCUAGGGGGCCAUGGGAGUGUUCUCGAACAACAAGCCAGCAGACUCUCCAGUCACGAAAUCACAGAGGUGGCAUCGUACCUCUUGCGAUCCGUUAUUCGCUAUUUGGCGCAAUGUGUCUAUUUCUCAGAUCCGAUCGACCGACUUACAUGCGUAGAGAGUAUAAGUCAGCUUGUCACAACCUUGUCCGAGACGUUUGUGGAGCAUCAAUCUACCGCGGAUGCGGCAAUGGCAGUCACACGCAUUAUGCAGUACUCGACAAUACUCGCCAAGCAAGCAUUGCACCUCUGCGACCACAGCGUAAUACCAGCAGCCAUGGAGACCGGAGUCAAGAAACUCUUGCUAAGCAUUGCACAACGCCUGGCUAGUCAUGCAGUCAGGAACCACGUAGGAGAGCUACGUAGUGCUUAUGAGGACAGCCACAUGUCAGAUCAUCAUGAGACCGGCUUCAAGGACGUUGUGCCUACACUGAGCAGUAUGGUCAUCCUCCGAAACGUUCUUCAAGACACGUCUGGAUUGACGGUGGAUUUCUGGGCUGUUGCCAGAGCUUUCUUCAAUCCAGAGAACGCAGCCACAUGCUCGGUCAAGCACCUCGAGAAAGCUUGGUAUGACCUGUUCACAAUUCUCCCAGCGCUGACCUUCGACUCUCAUGGUAUCUCUCGCGAUAACGCCCUUUCCGCGGACACGACCGCGGCAUGGACUCUACCGCAACUGCUGCUCAAACGGGUAUUUGACCUGUAUGAAGCCUCUAGCGCCGUGAGAUGCGCCAGUGUCAAUGACUAUGUACGGGUCCUGCUCUCAAGAUGUCACUCUCUGGUUGUUACCUGGGGAUAUUGGCAAUCCGACCUUGCGCUCAGCACGAUUUACGACUUUUUCGCUCAACGAAACCUGCAUUUACUGAACAGUGAGGAAGAUCGAGGCUCUCCUUCCUUCCUCGAGGACUUCGGCUCGGAAGCUUUCCUGCAGAUCCAGCCAGAUGAUCGAUCAUUUCACAUCUUCCUGAAGAUACUCGCGGCCAGUCUGAAGGGAAUGCAAUCGCACAGCAUUCCCCUUCGAAAGAUACAAAGCAUUGUCUUUCGGUUGACUCCAAACCACGCUCGCACUUACCGGAAGGACGCAACUUUGGUAAAGGCCGACCUGGAAGCUCUUCGCAAUCACUACGAUCUUCUUUGCACUUUGUAUUGCGCCGCACCUGUCGGAAGUAGGCCAAGCGUCUACUUGCUACAGAACUUGGUCGAUCAUAGCAGUUCCCAUCGAGAAGCCUGCCGAGCUAGUGUGCGGGCCUGGGCUCAUGUCGCUGCCUUUCAGGCCGCCAGUGAUCAGUCUAUUGACAGCCUCACCAGCCUGAUUGACUGGUACUCAGAUAUGGUCAACACUACGAUCACACAAUACCGGCUGGCCAAAUCGGAAGCCGAGCGUGACUUUGAGGUGGCCCAAUCAGAGGCACUGGAAGCUGGUUCUGAUAUGCCUUUUGCUAUAUUGGAAAGCACCAUAGCCAACAAUCAAGUUCAGAUUGCGGCAACCCUUUUAGAUGCCCUAGCAGGGCUCAAGCGUACUCUGCAAUCGACUAGUAGUGUCAAGACGGCCAAGGCUCUCGUGGAAGGCACAGGUUUCAUGUCUACACUCGAGCUAUUCGACCCUGCACAACGGCGGUUGCUCAGUACUAUGCUAGAGGCUUUAGCUAUUGUCAACGCAGCUUUGGAUGCUGAGAGUCGACCGACGAACAGCGUCAGCCAGUCGGAGGGCAGUGAAGACAGCCAGGAAUUCGGAGAUUUCGAUGCUUUACAAGCCUUCGUCGAGGAUGACACCGGACUCGAAGACGACCAAGUAACGCUCGCUGGGACUUUCUUGGCUCCUAUUGGGCACUUCCUGUCCAAUGUCUUCGGGGCAGACGCGGCAGCGGACGACACGCUGCUAAUGACGACCGUAGACACCUGGUCUCGUAUCGCUGGAUGUACCAGCGUUGCUCAUCGCAGGAGCUGGCACAGCUAUGUUGACGAGUACAGCUCGACCAGCUGGAACCAGAUGCGUGAUACCAGCCACAAGCGCAAAUACACGACAUACUUCCUAUCGCGUCUCGUAGAGCAGUCGAAAGGAUCUGAUGAUAUCAAACAAGCUGUGCUAACCACUUGGCUGUUGUCUUUGGUCGAAAGGGAAGCCACCUUGAAAUUCCAGCACUUGCUGACUGCAACGAUACUCGAACACUGGUCAAAUGAGCCACUACUCAGGAACUUACCUUUCGCAUCGGAACGCGACGGUAGCAAGUAUCACAUCACUCUGACCCAACUGCGCGAGAGGAGAGUUGCAUUGGUGUCCUCAAUCCUGUGCAACAUGCGGGAGCACUACAACUACAGCAUUCGCUUUAGCCGGAGCAGAUCGCCCGAGUUGCGCAGCACAUAUGGUAUUAUGCUUCGACAAAUGAUGAGCGUGAUGAAGAACUACUAUCAAGAGCUGCAGAGCACGGUUAACGUAGAGGUCGCUGACGCGGGCGCAACAGGCGCUUACGUCAACUUCGUACAGCAGAUCGUCGCUUCGCUGCAGCAGUUUACCUUGGACAUUUCUCCGGUGGAUCGUUUCUUCCUGGACUCCUCGGCGUUCCCACUGCCAGCUGGGGAUCCCACGUACGUGGUGGGCAGGCUGCGUAGCUAUGCCCCCAAACUGCAGGAAAGUCACGGCAGGGCGCAGCUUGCUGUCUUUGUCCAGUCUGUCAUGGAGAGGGCUCUCGUCGAUGGCCAGCAAGACUAUCUCAUCGACCAGAUGUCUACGGCAAUGGUUGGAGUUGACAUGCUGAGCUGUCAGUUACCCACGCUGUGGCAGGUGAUGUCGCACAGUCUGCUGACAGUAUACAUUUCACGGAGCUUCGAGACCCAAAGUUCCUGGAUCGCUGUCGUGCUGCUACUCCAGGCUUGCAUAAGAGCUGCGCCCAAGAUCUUCUACAACAUCGACAUAGGUGACGGCGCUAUGGUUCAGGCGGCCAUCACAUCGCUGGGUUCUGUUCUGCAUAGCAUAAGCCAGCAGGUCGCAACAGUGCUAAGUCAGUCAACCCUCCUGGACUCAGCACAUGCGCUGAAAGUGCUCGGAGCUAUGCUUAUGGUUGGCCAAGCAAGCACCACUUUCAUCGCUUUUUUGGAGCAGUCUACCGCAGCCGGCAAGGAGCUAGCAGCCCAUUUGAAAGUGCUUCGCAGCCAAGCACGAGCGUUGCGGACGCAACUUACAUCCCCCGAGCGUGAUCAUCUGAUGGACCUCCCUGCUGUAGCACCUUCACCGGACUGCAUAUGGCAAGACACCAAGAACUUCACAGAGAAGCAGCUGAAAGAGACGGUAGAAACAAACUGGUACAGCGACGGUAGCGCGUACUUCGUGCGAAGAGGCAACACCUCUAAAAGGCUGGCGGUGCAACUGGACAGUGCUGAAGUCGGAAGGAACGUUCUGCUGCAGAUCAUCAGGGAGUUCUCCAACACCUAUGAUGCAACUUCCGACCACCGUUGCAGGCAGCGGCAAGCAAGACGACAAUGUGAUGAUAUUUUGAGCAAACUUCAUGUAUGA